AGGCAGGAACAUAUUGAGCAUAGAUUAUACUGGUAGGCCUAUACAUGCCUACUGGUUUAUCAAGCAUCAGCUAUGUGUGUCAGAAUGCCACCAGACCCGGCGCACCAAAUGAUCAUCAUUAUUUUGUGUGUGAAUUGAAAAAUAUGCAUUUAUCGGAUCAGACGACUGGGGGCGAGGAGUAUAUAUCUCUAUGGAGGCGAUGUCAACCAUAAUGUCUCUAACAUGGUGCUUAAUCGUUCAAAAGCUUUGUGGUGCUUGCUGCUUACAACGUGUGUUUCAUUGUCAUGGUUAUUGUGGUAUAAAGCAGGGGUAUGGACAUCCUCUGUUAAUAACACCCACAUGUUCAAAUUCUCCCCAUUGACUGUGAAGAGCGAAGAUAAAUAUAUUACACAUUACAUCGAGGAUAUCAGAAAUUACACCAAUUCGAAUGUUCACUCUGUAGAAAAUGAUGCCUUCAUUUUCGACUACAAGGAAAAGAACAUCAAUGCAACAGUGGCCUUAGAAAUUAGGAAUAAAGUCCAGAAGAUCAUGAAGCCUUGGCGGACCAUCCAGGUAUAUCGUCCGAACGUGAACCCCAUGGACAUGCACUGGGUCACCAAUCUUCAACAGCUCCGAAAGUCCAAUCAGACAGACUGGAUCGAACAUCGGGUCAAAACCUGUGCAGUGGUUGGGAAUUCCGGUAUCCUCUUGGGCAGCAAUUGCGGUCCGACCAUAGACAGUAUGGACAUCAUCAUCAGGAUGAACUUGGCAGAAUUCGGCUUUGGGUUUUCGUCGGAUGUGGGUUCGAGGGUCACCUACAUGACUAUCAACAGGGAACAACUGCGUCUGGUGCUCGCCUGCUUUUUGAACAUGACCAAGGCUGACGUUGAGGAGCUUCGGACGAACACCACGACACCAGUUCUUUCAGCAGAAUGUGACAACUUCAUCAGGAGGUUUAGGAUGAUCCAGGAGGACGUGCUGUGGCUCUUCAAGGGCCGACUUCCGGGUUUACAGGAGGUCUUGUCCCUGCUAAGAAAGAGAUUUGGCCUGAGAUUCAAGUUUGCUUACAGCCCCUUGGAUCCCAUCAACCCCUCAUUAAAAUAAAUAUGAUUAUGGAAACAAAAACAUCCGACUACGGGCCUUGCGAUGUACACCGCUGCUACUCAACUGUGUGACGAGAUAUCAUUAUUUGGAUUUUACCCAUUCUACACAGAUGACUACAACAGAACCGUACUACAUCACUAUUAUGAACCGGAACUAAAAUAUUUUGAGGUUCAUCACAAAAUGCCACAGGAAUAUAAAAUCUUCCUUGACUUAGAUAGGAAGGGGGCACUUCGUCUUAUUCAAAACUGUACUUCGAAUGGGAUGAGUCCAAGAAGACAUGGAUUGUGAUUGAUCCUUCAUAGCUGAGAUGGAAUGUUCCGUUUAAUGCUCAGAAUAGUGAUUAGAAAAAGAAAGUGAUGAAAAAAAAUUAAACUAAAUUCUUUUGACUUUUUUUAUGAUCAUACUAGAAUUGUGUUGUUGAUGUAUCAGGAAUUCCAUCAUGUUUUACUUUUAUUCUACCCCCGGAUUCUACCGUCUACUUGUCUAUCUUCUUCUCUCAUUCGCAGACCCCCUCAUUUCGUAAGUUCAUCUGAUGUUUGUAUUUUCAUUCAAUGAUUAUUCUGAUGUAGUUUUAAGUUUGUAAUCGCAUAAUUUAGGUAACGCUCUAAAUCAGGCAUGCAUUUUGUUUGGGUAAAAAUAUAACAAAUAUUUUUGUAAAUUUUACGUAAUGUUGCGUUGAAAUUUACCCUUAAAACAUGCACUUAGCUCAGUAUGGGGUAAAAAAAAUACCCAGCAAACAUGCAUGUUGCCUUUCUACCCAAUAUUUGGCAAAAUUUUACUCAGUGUUUAUAGAGUGUAGAUGGUCGGGCAUGUGACAUACAGUUAUGCUCAAAAGUUAGGAAACCCCACCACAAAAUGCACUCCUUCAUGCCGAGUGUUGAAUAUAAACAACAACACUACAACGUUUGGCAAGCCCAGAAAAUACAAACUAUAUUGAAUGUGAUAUUUUAUCACCUGACUUCACUAAUUCUCUGAAACAUGGUGGGGUUAACUUUUGAGCACCUCCGUAUUCAUGAUUGAUUCUCAUCCGAAUACACAUUUUGAAAUAUGCCAUUGUUCUUUUGCAAUAAUAUGUCAAGUUGUGUGUAUUGAUUGUGUGCAAUGCUCUUUUUAAUAAUGUCAUCACUGAGCUACUAUAGGAUAUUAUCUCGUGUUAAAGGGGAAGUUCACCCUGAUGAAAAGUUUAUUGUAAAAAUAAAAAAAUAGUCAAUAUAUCGGUGAAGGAUUGAGAAAAGUCCAUCUAAGAUUUAAAAAAAAAAACGUUAUUAGAAUAUUAUUUUUCUUAUUCGUAACGUCAUAAGUAACGUAACGUCAUAAGUAACGUCAUGAACGGGGCAGCAAGCACAAGGGCACCAGGCCCCACCAGGAAGUAGCUGGGAAUUUCCAGGAUGAUACUUGUAGUGACUCAAGAUUUCUAUUUAUAUCUAAGUAGCUGUUUGUAAUGUACGUGUAUAUAAUAUUUGUUAUCUAAAGGAACUGUUGCUGGCCUAGCACCAUGAGCGUCUCUGGACGGUGUGCGCGCUAAAUAAAAUAUCACUAAAAUUAUUAUCAUUAAGCGAGCAUCGUCCUCAUAUAUCGUGUAGUAAAAUAGAUCAAUUAAAUGUAAUUUUCUUAAAAGACUGAAAAUGGUAUUUAUUAUACCAUCAGUUUGUCAACAGUUGAUUUCACAUCCGCUUCUG